AAUUAAAAGGGAUCAGUUUGUAAGUUGACAGAUAUUACCAUAUGCCAGGUAGAGACAUAUGUUCGUUAGUUUUCUUUGUGAUACAUUUAUUAUUUAUGAAAUUUUAUUUUAUUUUAUUUUUGCAUUCUAUUUCAAAUGCAAAUGCCUUUGAACCCUUAUCAAGUAUUGUGGCAAUGUUUAGAGCUCUUAUUGCCACAUCCUCCAUAGUUUAUCAUGGUAUUGAUAAAUUAAAGUGUUUGACAAAUAACUAUGAAUGCUGUAAUGAAAAAUGGAUACCACAUAGUACAGCUGAACUACAUAAUGAUUUAAAAACAAAAAUAUAUGGGCAACACAUUGCGAUUGACUUAUUAUAUAAAGCAAUUUAUUCGCAUAUUAUCAAUAAAAAUCCAGAAAAGCCUUUAGUAAUAUCUAUCCAUGGAUGGACUGGAUGUGGAAAAACAUACACCAGCCAACUAAUUGCUAAAAGCUUAUAUAAAUUAGGUAUGAAUAGUAAAUAUGUUCAUUUAUGGAUUGCAUCUUUUCAUUUUGCUCAUGAAUCACUGACACGAUUAUAUAUUGAUCAAGUUAGAAACUGGAUAAAAGGAAAUACAACAAGAUGUCCUCAUCAAUUAUUUAUUAUAGAUGAAAUGGAUUUCAUGUCAUAUGAUCUAACAGAUGCUUUUAAACCAUUUUUGAAAUACCAUACAUUAGUUGAUGGAAUAGAUUUUAGGAAAAAUAUCUUUAUAUUUAUCAGCAAUGUAGGAGGGAACGAGAUAUCGAAAAUCGCUCUCGAAUUUUGGGAUAAGGGCAAAAGUCGUGAAUCAAUGACGCGGGAACAUUUUAGCGAUAUCAUCAGCCAAAAGGCCUUCAAUCAAAAGGGUGGACUACAACGAAGUUCGCUUAUCGACCACUACCUGAUUGACCUUUACGUACCAUUCCUACCCCUUGAGCGGUCUCACGUUAAACUUUGCGUUCGCGACGCCCUCGAUCGAAAAACGGCGGGCCGAAGGUACACAUUCAACCGGGCGAAACCGGAAGAGAUUGAACAGCUAAUCGAGUCCGUUGCCAACGAAUUAACUUAUUACCCGCCUAACCUGUCCAUCUACUCUACCUCCGGGUGCAAGAGGAUCCCCCAAAAAUUGGACUUACUGUACAUGGGACUGGAAGAUAGGUUGUUAGGCAGGGAACACAGCUCAAUUCGAGAGUUAUAAUUUAGGAUGAUGCUUUUGGAUUUUGGAAACAUUUUAAGGAUUUGAAUUAUAAACAAUUAAGUAACCAUUAUUAAGGCAUACGACAAUAAUCAACACCCACCCCCAACCUUAGCACAAAGUUUUUUUCAAUUUUUUAGUUAUUGUUAUACAUGUAUACGGCCAAUAAUGGCCAGCAAUAGUUUUGUUAAAAGGCUUGUUUUGAGCCGAUUUUUAAAAAACGGCUAACUUAAUAUUUCAUCUAGAAAAAUAUUACGCAUGCCUGAAGAUUUUACUCAUGGAAGGAACAAAGGUCUUAGGCAUACAGACAAUAAUUUUCUGGCUAAAAUAUUGAGUUGGGCGUUUUGAAAUACCGGCUCAAAACGAGCCGUUUAACAACAACUAUAGCGAUGAAAAAUAUUUUUUGGUCAAAUUUACCGGAAAAAAUAUUUAUAUACUCAUAAGUAAAGUAAUACAUUUUUUUUAACCAAAAUUAUUUCACGAUACAAAAAAUAUCCUUUCGUUUUUACUGUAUUCAAAUGUUAUCUAAAUUUCCUAUUGGCCCAUCCAUCGAAAACAUCAUAAAAUCGACCAUGCUUUAAUAUCAAUUAUUUUAAUUUUAUGUAAGAAGAAAUUAGAGUGACAAUUUUAAAACUAUUAAUUUUUUUUACAGCUGAUUUUAUUUUACUAAUCAAACUCUAAUUAUUUAAUUUUAGAAAUUAUAUAUUUGUUUUUUUUAAAAAAAAAUAUUAAUUAAUAAUAUCGAAAGAUUUAAAUGUGUUUCACAAUAUUUUAUAAAUUAAGCGCAGAUGAUAUCUCAAUUAUUGUAUUAUUUUUUUUUAAUAGCGUAUAUUUUUAUAUAGUUACAAAAUAUAUUAUCAUGUUACUUUUGCUCAAUAGUCAUA